CUUCUUCUGUUCAUGCCUGAACUGACAGCAUGUUUAUUUUGCGGAGGUCGCGCUGGAGCUUCUUCUUUUUUUAAGCACACAAGGAUAUCAUUUCACCUGAGUGUUUGCAGAGGAACCUUUUGUAACGUCGCAUUGAACUGCAUCAUGGUUUUCAAUCAGAUCUCACCCCGGCCAGGCUACACCGAGCCUCGGUAGUACAGUGCGCUGUUUAUCAUAAAAAUGGAAGACCUUUCACGUCAAGAAAAGGCGUCAGUCCGGUGAUAUGCGUCUGAAUAACUGAUUUUUGAUUUCCACGUCAAUUGACACAUCUGGGAAAGGAUUUUUUUCCUCCCCUCCCGUCUACCAAGACAGCUGUGUCAUCAACAACCGGCGUGGUGUUGUUGUUGUCUGAUUUUUACGAGCCUGGGCAACUGGAUAUCGGCAUAGUCUGCCUCUGCGCCCACCAUAGGCUACCCAGAUACCACGGUGAGCUGGAGGAGGAGGCUGCCUGUAACAUACAUUCCCUUCUUCUAUACCAUGAGCUCUGGCUCUGCACAGGAUGUGGCUGUCGAGCAUUUCCUGCGUGACAUAGAAAGGCGAAGCAAGCGGCUACACUGCGCUGUGAUAGGCUGCGAGGAGGAGCGACCCCGCAGCGACAUGAACCUGCUGUAUCGUAAGAGCCGUUUGGACUGGAGGCAGAGGGACCAAGAGGGAAGUAAAAAGAGCUCGAACCAAAACGACCCUUCAGCUACCGUUGGCAAAGUCAGAGACUUGGCUUCUUUCCGCCGUCACUUCCGAAUGGGUUUCAUGACCAUGCCGGCGUCCCAGGACCUGUCCCCUCACUCUUGUGCCUCCGCCAUGGCCCCGCGCUCGCAGUCCUGCCAUGCUGUAGGUGCCGGGGAUACAAGUCUGGAGAACGGAGAUUACUCUGACACCCAAUCCCAACAUGGUGGCCGCUGCCCCCCAACCAAGCCCAAACGUCACCCCAACACUCGCCUCAGCUCCUCAUCCAGUGACAGCAGAGGACUUAUUGAUACACCACCACCAUCCUCUCACUCACAGGCGAAACACUCAGAGAAGAAAAAUGCCAUGAAGAAGUCUGACUCUGGGGAUAUCGGAGGAAAGAAGGUGCCUCCUUUAAAGCCCAAGAGAAGUCCCAGCACCCAGCUUUCCUUUGAUCCUCUUCCUCCACGUGUGCCUCCUUCUGCAGCAUCCUUACCUUUCCAGGCAGCAGACUCUCAGAUUCAGACAGGAGACGGGGAGGAUGAGCCAGUCUAUAUAGAGAUGGUGGGCCAAGUGUUCACCAGAGACAGCCAGACGGCCACCCCCCACCCUGUCACCCCUGUGGCCACCACGCCUGACUCUGACUCAGACCAGAGUGAGGCCAUUUAUGAGGAGAUGAAAUACCCGCUGCAAGAGAACAGAGUUUCCCACAGACACCUGCCUCCUAAACAUGAGAAACUGAAAACCUCUAAACACUUCCACGUCACCCCUUCCUCCUCCAGCAGCUCCUCAUCUCUGCCACGCCCCUCCUCUUCCUCUCCUUCCUACUCCAAACCCAAAGCUACCGUUUCGAUCUCCCAUUCGUCUCCUCUGCCUUCCUCUGCAUCCUCCACCCCCAUCCCCCAAGUCCUCUCCACCAGUCCACACACUCCACGAGCUCCCACUCCCUACCUGCUGCAAGGGAGUAAAUCCGAGCCCGAGUCCAACACAAAGAUCCCGGCCCCUUUCCCCAAUCUUCUACAACACCGGCCCCCGCUGCUUGCCUUCCCUCAGCCAGCAGCAGCCUCCAGCGGGGUUGGGGUGCAAAACAAGUUGGUUUCUGCUAAAAUGGGAACUCAAACAUCCAGCGCGACAACUCAAGCCAGCACCUCGUCGACUUCUUCUAUUGUUUCUUCAUCAGGCUCCAAGGAGUCAUCGGGAGGAAGUGCAUCCCAGCAGGACAAACACAGCAGGGACGCCCAGUUAGGCCCUGCUCCUGGACUGAGAGCCAGGAGCCACUCCACACCCCUGCCUCCAUCCUCCAAGUCCACCUCCCCUUUCUCCCAUCACCACCACCACCCUCACCAUCGGCCCUCACACUACCAUCACUAUCGCAAGCCAGAGAGAGGAGACUCUCCCGCUCCGAUCAAGGGCAGUUCGCAGAACCAGUCCACAGUCCAGACCCAAACCUCAAGUACAGGCAGGGAAGGCAAAUCUGUGAGCUUCCUGUUGAAGUCUGAUAAAGGAGAGAGGGAUAAGGAUAGGGACAGAGACAGAGACAAGGAUAGGGACAGGGACAGAGACAGGGAUAGGGACAGGGAUAGGGAUAGGGACCGGGACAAGGACAGGGACAGGGACCGCGACAGAGACAGAGAUAGGGAUAGGGAUCGAGAUAGGGGUAGGGACCGAGACAGGGAUAGAGACAAGGAGAAAGACAGGGACAGAGAUAGGGACAGAGAUAGGGAUAAGGACAGGGACAGAGAAAGAGAAAGAGACCGUGAUCGGGACAGAGACAGAGACAGGGAUCGGGAUAGGGAUAGGGAUAGGGAUGGAGGGCCCUACUCUUUACAGAUGGAUCACGGUACCUCCACAUCUCAAAGUAGCACCAGCUCAACCCCGACGCCAUUAUCCUCAUCCCAGCGUCCUCAUUCUCGUCCCCAUCUUCGCUCUCACACUCCUCACGGCCUGCCAGCGUACAAGCCUCCCUCCUCAGACAGCCCGCUGCUUUGGACCUACCCCUCCGGUGGCUUCCGGAGACCGCCGGCUUACGAGAGCCUGAGAGGAAGCUCUCAUACGCCGUCUCUGCAACAGCCCUCAAGUCUUACUGGUGUAGGUGAGGGGGCGUUCAAGAGCAACGGAGGGUCUUCGUCCCUCCAUUCGAAAGUUGGCUUCAUGCCCUGGGACAGCAGUGCCAGCUUAGCUGCAGAUGAGGGAUCUUACUGGCCUAUGCAGAGGAAAUUGUCCUUCAGCCAUGGGAGCAGAGACACAGAGAAGGAGGAAGGGCGUACAUGGAAUGGCAGUGCUGAUGCCCUAUUACGUAUGGAUAAGGAUGACCUUUGCAUGGGGUCUCGAGGAGGCCACUCGGGCAUCCCAGUCCACUUCAGUGGUGCCACCAGUAGGUCGCUUGGUCACAGUGAGUCCUUGGCUGGCAUGGACAGCAGCCCGGGUUUCAGAGCCCUGCCCAGAGUUGGUCUGCCUCUUCCCUGCCAGACUUUCCCUGCCUGUCGCAAUGGAGAAGUGGGGCGGCUGGGCCGCUCCUCCUCUGCUGCUGGAGUGAGACAGGUGGGUGGAGGAGACGUCCAGAGACAGAGCAGCCUACCAGCACGAGAAGCCCUGAAUCAGCUGCAUGGUCUGGCCCAACCUCAAGUGCCCUGCAGUCCCAGCGUGUCUCGGCAGCAGCAGCAGCUUCAGCUCCACCAGCAGCAGCUGCAGUUAAAGCAGCAGCUCCAGCAGCUCCAGCAACAGCACCAUCUGCAGUUGCAGUUCCAGCAGCUCGCCCAACUGGCACAGGGACAGCCUCCUGUCAGCGGGGGCACCACCCUGUCCGCAACGCAGAGCCAGAGAGACGGCAAGCUGCUGGAAGUCAUCGAGCGUAAACGCUGCCUGUGCAAAGAGAUCAAGGCCCACAGGCGCCCUGACAAAAGCCUGUGCAAGCAGGACAGCAUGCCCAUCCUCCCUAGCUGGAGACGGACACCUGAGCCUCGUAAGACUGGCACGCCACCCUGCCAGAGGCCGCAGGCCGUUGUGUGGGACACGGCUAUCUGAGGUGGUAAGACAGGCCAGGGAGGACAGCACUGAAGAGAGACUAAACACACAGAUGAGUUGAAGAUGGGUGUGCAGUUAAUAAGAGAGGAGAGUAAAAUGGGUUUAAGAACAAGAGAAUUCUUGCUCUUGUUGUGUGAUAAACUGAACAGUAAUGUAGGUUACUGGAGAUUUUGAACUCAUUUGGGGGGAAAACAGAAAAAAGGUUGAUAAAAGAGGUGAAGAAAGGAAGUAAUACAAUCAGACUAAAUUAAUCUCUUACCUGGGUGAUUUGUCCUUCUUGAUGUGUUCUAAUUGCCAAUGAUUUUUUGCCACAUAACGCCAGUGUUAUUGCCACAAAAUGAAGACCCCAACUUAACAAUGGUUGGGAUGUUUUCUUAGAUUGGUGUUGCCAAAUUUCCUCCUGACUACUUGAGACAUAAAGGAAUCAUAUAUUUUCUCCAACACACAGUUGUCCAAACUUGCAUAGAAACUACUCUGUGGGUGAAAAGAGGGGAAGACUCAUUGAUAAGUUAUUGAAGUGUUUCUUGAAGUCGUGAAUGCAUAUGAGAUGUCUUGGUAUCAAUAGAUUGUCAUUGUGGAUGCAAAUAAUCAUCACUGAGGAGUAAAAGCUACCUACUGUAUCUGUUUGCAUAUUUGUAAUGUAAAUCUAUUUACUUUCUCAACGUUUCUGCAAUUUUAUAGCAAUAUGCUCCCGGUGCCGGAGCAACAUAAUUACAUACUUGUGUCAACUAGCCUAACAUACAUAUCUAAAGACUUGAAUAAGUCAUAUUUACUGUGUCAUUCUCUGCAUGUCAUGAUAGACAUACAGUAUUGUAAAAGAAUAUGUGUAGAGAUGAUCAUGUCAGACUUUUACAUACAGCAGGUCUUCACUAUGAUAACAUGUGGUUGUAUAAAAAGAUUAAUAUAUCGCCUGGGGUGUCGUUAGAAAGGGCGGUGCGACAGAUGGCACAUACUGUGCAGUCCAGCCAAAUAUAGAUACAGAUCAAUGUUACAAAAAACUUCAUCACUCAUGCUUAUCCACAGUUGCACAUUAGUGAUUGUUCCACCACACAGAAAAACGAGCACUGACACCCAUCAACACAGACUGUACAAUAUGGUGCAACUGAUAAGACUGUGAGUAUUGAUCACCUCAAACAGAAUGCUGGAACAAUCUGCACAAAACAUGGUAUACGCUUAGGAGAAAUUAAACCCUAAUGUACUGUAAAUAGAUAUGUACAACUGUAUUGAAAAUGUAGCAAUUAUUUCCAUUUUCAUACUUGUAAUCAAUACAUAUUAUGUAGCAUAUACUGUAUAAACAUAACUUUGUUCACUUGUUUUUUCUAAAAGAAUUAAGUACUUUAUCUGCUGCAGCCAGUCCAUGCAUUACUUAUAGUUCUACUAAUAAACAGUAAGCCCUCUAAAGAAAGGCACAGUCCAGUUGUUUAUUUAAAUUUAUGCAAGACUCCCUUUAAGCUGUGUUUUAUUUAUACCCUUUUUUUCUACAUUCAUUUUUAUUUGUGUACAGAUUUCAACGGCUCGUUGUCUUGACAUUUUUGAAUACUUUGCUGCUAUCUUGAACUACUGGUGUUGUUCAUUGAACUACAUGGUGUCACCAUGAGAAACAUUAUUAAUAUAGUGGUUAUUGUUACAUAUUUGUUUUUAUUUCUUAUAGCCACGUGAACUGAAGUUUGUACCUUGAAGAGUGAGCCCUUCUGUAAUAGUAUUAAGGCACUUGAAUGUCUCUUGGUUGUUGUCGUUUUAUGAUAGUUAGCACCAAGCUGUACAGUUACAGUACACCCAGUGAAAAGAAGACCUAUCUAAAUGUUUGAGAAUCACUGCUUGGCCUUUUUUGUUUUAGUUCCCACCUGCUCGUGUUUGAGGGUCCAGGUUUUUCAAGCUUUUACUGAGUCCAUUUUUUCAAACAAACACAUGUCAGGUUGAAGGAAAUGGGCAAGUGCAAUGCAUGCAGAGAUUCCUUACACUGAAAAUGUCCCAAUGAUACUGACAAUAUGUGCCCAAUUUAAUUCCAGAUACAAAGUAAAUCACCUUGAUUCCUUUUCACAGACUGACAUGAAACCCUAGGUAUCAUUUCCAAAAAAUAGUUUACAGAAGCUGUUGGUUUUGUGUGUCUUCUAAAACAGUGGCCAUUAUAUGAGUGCCAUACUAUAUUGAUAUGGUAAGAUACGGUGUACCUUGGAAAUCACUGUAGUGCUAUAUUUGCAUUGAUAUUGUUAUUCAAAAUAAAUUUUAUAUAAUGAACU